AUGAAGCCAGAAGGCGGUAACAUACAAACUGGUAAUAUGUAUGGUAACGGUAUUGACAUAGAUGGUUGUAAUAACUCUGAUAAUGGUCAACUAGAUAUCACCUUAAGAAGCCCAGUAUCUCCAAAAGGCUCGUGUUCACUUCAAUCACAUCAAUAUGUACGUCUAACAGAUCAAAUUCGAAAACGAAUAUCAAAUAAUGAGCGUUGGUGUUCAUUAGAAUUUUUUCCACCGCGUACACCCUCGGGUGCUGCUAAUCUCAUCGGAUGUUUUGAUCGUAUGGCUAUUGGACAACCACUAUUUUGUGAUAUUACUUGGCAUCCAGCAGGUGAUCCAGCGGGAGAUAAAGAGACAAGUUCAAUGAUGAUUGCUAAUACAAUGUUAAAUUAUUGUGGUAUUGAUACAAUGCUUCAUAUCACAUGUUAUGGUGCGCGAAAAGAAUCCAUGAUGGAAUAUUUAAAAAAAGCAAAAGAUUUUGGUAUAAGAAAUAUAUUGGCAUUACGUGGAGAUCCUCCUCUCGGUGAAGAAUGGGAUCCGAAAAAGACAGAUUUUCGUUACGGUGUUGAUUUAGUUAAAUUUAUUCGUCAACAUUUUCAAGAUUAUUUUGUCAUUUGUGUAGCUGGUUAUCCACAAGGGCAUCCAGAAGGCUCCUAUGAUGAUGAUUUACGUUAUUUAAAAGAAAAAGUAGAGUGUGGUGCCGAUUUUGUUAUUACACAAUUAUUUUUUAAGGCUGAAACAUUUCUAAAAUUUGAAGCUGAUUGUCGUGCUAUUGGUAUUAAGUGUCCAAUUAUACCCGGCAUAUUUCCAAUACAGGGUUAUUCAAGUUUACGUAAUAUUGUUCGACUAGCAAAAUUAGAUGUACCAAAAGAAAUUGUCGAAUGUAUGGAACCGAUUAAAGAUAAUGAUGAAGCAAUAAGAAAUUUUGGUGUACACGCAUGUUUACAAUUAUGUACAUCAUUAUUAGACUCUGGUAUUGUCAAUGGUCUACAUUUUUAUACGUUAAAUCGUGAAUAUGCCACAAUACAAGUGUUGAAACAGCUUGGUUUAUGGAUGGAAGAACCACCAUUAAGAGCAUUACCAUGGAAAAAGACGACAGCAAAUUAUACACGUUCAAAAGAAAAUGUACGUCCGAUAUUUUGGAGUAUUCGACCAAAAUCUUAUGUUCAUCGAACAUCAAAUUGGAAUGAGUUUCCCAACGGACGUUGGGGACUUUCAUCGGCACCGAGUUUUGGUGUUAUGACUGAUUAUCAUUUAUUCUACUUAAAAAUUGAUGCAACAAAAGAUGAACUACUUGAAGAAUGGGGCCGAGAAUUGACGAGUGAACAAGAUGUUUGGAAAAUGUUUGCUUGUUACAUUGGCGGUGAAAAAAAUCAAAAUAAUAAAAUAAUAAAACACUUUCCAUGGACAGAUGAGGAGUUGUCAUUAGAAACAAAAUUAAUUCAAAAUAAUCUUGUUGAAUAUAAUCGUCGCGGUAUUUUAACAAUUAAUUCUCAACCAGCCGUGAAUGGAUCACCGAGCACUGAUCCUGUUGUUGGAUGGGAUAAGUCUGCCAAAUGGAUAUGUGCCUAUUUGGAAUUCUUUACCAGUGCGAAAAAUAUUCCUGCAUUACGUGAAGUACUACGAAAAUUUCCAUCUGUAAAUUAUCAUUUUGUUAAUAAAUCGGGCAAUGAUAAUGAAGCGAAUGCUGAUGAUGAACAACCGAUUGCCGUGACAUGGGGAUGUUUUCCGGGAAAAGAAAUUAUUCAACCGACUGUUGUUGAUUCAAUUAGUUUUAUGAUUUGGAAAGAUGAAGCUUUUGGUUUGUGGAAUGAACGAUGGGCUAAAUUGUAUGAACCAGAGACAAAAUCACAUGAAAUAAUUGAAACAGUGGCUAAUAAUUAUUACUUAGUUAAUCUAGUGGAUAAUGAUUAUGUUAAAGGAUCGUGUCUAUGGGCGGUACUUGACGCAAUGUUUGAAUAUCAGAAAAGUGAAGAAAAUUUGACAUCAUCUAUUGUUAGUUAA